AUGGGGCCCUCACGACUGCCAGUGGCCCUGCUGCUUCUGCAAGUCCUGCUGCUGGGUGCCAUGGGAUCGAAGGAGCCUGAUGUGCGCUGUGGUGCAUGCAGGGCCCUGAUGGAUGAAGUGGAGUACGAUGUCACCAAAGCUCGGCAGAAGAAGACCAAGGUGGGCUCCUACCGGAUCAGGCCUGAUGGGACACAGGAGAGGAGAAAGGUCCCCCUGGUCCAGUCCGAGGCGUUCCUCGUCGACCUUCUGGAUAAAGUGUGUGAGCGGAUGAACGAUUACCAGCUCGAAGAAGACCCUAUGACUAAGGAGAAGUAUUUCCGGAGAUAUGCUCCAAGGAAAGGAGACAAGAUAUACAAAGAAUAUAAGAGGUUCUAUUACUACUCUGAUGCCUACAAACCUCUGAAAUUCGCGUGCGAGAAUAUAAUAGAAGAGUACGAAGAUGAAAUAUUCUCACUUAUCGUGCAGGAGGCACACAACUUCGCUGACAAGAUGUGCAGUGGAAAAUCAGAUCUGUGUGGCGCCUCGGCUAAUCACACUGAAUUCUAG